AUGACUGAAAUACAAGACAAAUGCGAGGCCGGGCUUCCGUCCGUUCUUGCCGAGCCUUGCACCCCCGGCUCGAUGUCCCAGCUCAGUGAGAAAAAUGACAGCUCCUCUGAGGAGGUCGAGAAAGAAGAGGAGAGAUCCAUCACCGGGUUCAAGUGGAUUCUGGUUGUGACCGCCAUCUUGUCGAGCCAUAUGCUCUUUGCCCUCGACAAUACCAUUGUCGCUAAUAUCCAACCGGCUAUUCUUACGGAAUUCAACCAAGCUGAGCAGAUUUCGUGGCUCUCUGUUGGAUUCACUCUCUGCUCAUCGGCUUUGUGUCUUCCUUGGUCCAAGGCCUACGCAACCUACAAUGCCAAGUGGCUGUACAUCGGGUGCGUCGUCCUCUUUAUGGCAGGUUCCGCUUUGUGUGGGGCUGCUCCAGACAUGAACUCCAUGAUUGUUGGUCGAGCUAUGGCUGGUGCUGGGGGAAGCGGCAUGUAUUUCGGUGUCUUGACGCAAUUGUCCGUCAAUACGACCGUCUCCGAGCGUCCGUUUUACAUUGGAUUGACCGCUGUCUCAUGGGGUAUCGGAACAGUCACUGGUCCGGCCAUUGGUGGCGCAUUUGCCGAGAGUGCUGCCACAUGGCGUUGGGCUUUUUACAUCAAUCUCGUCAUUGGCGCAGUCUUCGCUCCGGUCUACAUCCUCCUUUUGCCUUCAUUUGAGCCCCUUCCAAAUGCCACCUCCAAGGAGAAGGCAAAGAACAUCGACUGGGUGGGCGUCGUCCUUUUCAUCGGUGCGCUGGCAACUUUGAUUAUGGGCAUUGACUUUGGAGGAGUGCAAUGGGCAUGGGGCAGUGGCCAGUCCAUUGCGCUCUUCGUGGUGUCCGGUGUGCUCUUCGUCUUGUUCGGCAUACAACAAACCUUCUACAUCUUCUGCAAUGAGCAGAACAGACUCUUCCCAAUCCACUUUCUCAAGAGACGCUCGUUGUUGCUGCUGUUCAUUCUCAACACGUGUGCUAGCAGUGGUCUCUUCAUCUCGGUCUACUACAUUCCGUUGUAUUUCCAGUUCACUCAGGGUGAUACUGCCGUCCACGCUUCCUUGCGUAUCUUGCCGUUCGUGAUGGUUCUGAUCUUCAUCAUCAUUGCCAAUGGCCACAUGAUGUCCAAGUUUGGUUACUACGUCCCGUGGUACCUUUUCGGUUCCGCUUGCGAGCUUGUCGCCGCCGUCUUAAUGUAUCUUGUCAAGCCGGAUACUUCCGCUAGUGCAAUCUAUGGAUACACAUCCCUCAUGGCCCUGGGUGUUGGUGCCUUCAACCAGGCAGGCUACAGCGUGGUGCAGGCAAAGGUGAAGAAGACAGAGAUUCCAUGGGCUCUGGGCUUCAUGAUGGUUUCCCAACUGGGAGGCAUUGUUUUGGCCUUGGGCAUGGCAGGCGCUAUCUUCGUCAACAAGGCAACGGAUCAGCUUCUCGCGUUGCUUCCGGAUUCCAACCCCGAUGAAGUCAAGAACACCAUCGCAGGCACGAGUAGCGGCUUCUUCAACACCCUGACCAAGGAUCAGCAGACGGCAGCUCUUGAUAUUAUUGUUCGGGCCAUUGAUGACGUUUAUGUUCUUUUGAUCGUUGCGGGUGCACUUGGCGUUCUUCUGUCUGUCUUCCUGAAGCGUGAGAGAUUGUUCAUGGAAGCAGCAGCCGGUGGUGCCUAG